AUGAACUUGUACAAUGUGUCUUCAGACUUGACUUUCCAAAGUGCGGCUAACAAAUCUCUCAAUGCAAGUGACUGGGACGAAGGGACGUUGCUAGGCCUCAAGGUUUUGCUGGCAGCAGCUCUGAUUCUGAUCACGUUGGCCACCAUACUCUUCAACACAUUUGUCAUCAUCACAAUUAUCUUAACCAGAAAACUCCACACUCCUGCCAAUUAUCUCAUUGGCUCGCUAGCUACCACAGACCUCCUUGUGUCCAUUCUGGUCAUGCCAAUCAGCAUUGUGUACACGGUCACUCACCUGUGGACCUUUGGCCAAGUCAUGUGUGAUAUCUGGUUGUCCUCGGACAUCACCUGCUGCACAGCCUCCAUCCUGCAUCUGUGUAUCAUCGCCUUGGACAGAUAUUGGGCCAUCACGGAUGCUCUCGAAUACACCAAACGCCGGACGGCUCGCCGGGCUGCCAUCAUGAUUGCUAUAGUUUGGGUUCUCUCCAUCUGCAUCUCUAUCCCUCCCCUUUUCUGGAGACAAGCCAAGGCUCACGAGGAGCUGACCAUUUGCACGGUCAACACAGAUCAGAUCUCCUACACCAUCUAUUCUACCUGUGGUGCCUUUUACAUCCCAACUGUGUUGCUGGUCAUCUUGUAUGGCAGGAUUUACAUCACUGCUCGAUCCCGAAUUCUUAAGCCACCAUCUCUGUACGGGAAGCGUUUCACCACAGCCCAGCUGAUCACGGGCUCUGCAAGUUCUUCUCUUUGCUCUGUUACCUCUAAUCUUCAUGAGGGACCUUCCCAUCCGCAGAGCUCACCAGUGGUUAUCAAUCAUGUGAGGAUCAAGUUAGCCGAUUCCAUCCUUGAAAGAAAGAGGAUUUUGGCUGCGCGAGAAAGGAAAGCUACCAAGAUCCUGGGGAUUAUUCUGGGUGCGUUCAUUUUUUGCUGGCUGCCAUUCUUUGUGGUGUCCUUGGUCAACCCUAUUUGCCAAGGAGCCUGUUGGCCCCUUCAUAUCCUGAUGGAUGUUUUCACCUGGUUGGGUUAUCUGAACUCACUGAUUAACCCCAUUAUAUAUACUAUCUUUAAUGAAGAUUUCAAGCAGGCAUUUCAGAAAAUAAUGCACUUUAAAAACUGCUUCUAG